CACGCUCGCACAUACGAGGCCACCGAUUCGCAAAUAACUCCUCAAUGGAGGAGGAGCAGUGCUGAUAUACACCGCGAUUCCACCGUCGUUGUGGUGGACCAUCUGCGCUCGCCUGCCAGUCUUGGUGCCGGUUCCAACGUCAGCAGUGGAGGAGGUACAUGUAGUGGUGGCUUGAGCCUUACCGAAAAGCAGCCUGUGCGAGCCGAACGAAGACCUGGUCAUCAAAGACGAUAUGCACCCAAGACAAGAGCAGGCUGUUUAACAAUACGGCGGGUCAGAUGCGACGAGGAGAAGCCGUAUUGUCGACGCUGUACAACCACUGGCAGGAAGUGCGACGGAUACGCUUCGCCUUUCGAGGGGAACACCAGCAGCCCGGAGCCAUUGGCUGCCGCAUUGGUCAACGAUGUGUCCUGCAAUGCUCUUGAACGACGCACUUUCGACUACUUCCGCGCACGCACGGCACCUUGCGUGUCUGGAUACUUCCACGACUCGGUAUGGGACCGCAUAGUGUUGCAACUCAGCUACUCAGAGCCUGCCGCUCGUCACGCUGUCAACGCCCUUGGAGCCCUUCAUGAAGAGAGGAACCUUCGGAAGACAGCAACGCUGGAAGGUGUCAAUGUGACCGUGCUGAAGAAUGGCUUCCCACUUUCGCAGUACUCCAAGGCACUGAAGGGGAUGCAAGGAUUGCUGAAAACGCCUUCUGUGUGCCUCGACACGGUCUUGCUAUGUUCACUGCUCUGUAUACAUUUUGAAGCUCUCAGAGAGGCCUUUGUACCGGCCUUGAUGCAUGUGGAGAACGCUAUUCAGCUUUUGCACUCAAGCACGACAUUUGAUGCCAGGAAGGUUCACCCUAGCCUGGUAAGGGCGAUUAUGCGGAUAGACCUGCAAGGUACAAUGUAUCUUGGGUCGAGAGUACCAGGACUGCCGUUCUACACAGCUGCUACGGACUCCAUUCUACCGAAUUCUUUCCACGACCUCACACAUGCCCGAGACCUGGUCAAUACCUGGACAAGCCGGAUCUACCAUUUUAUGAGGACAGUCGCAGAUGAAUUCAAGUUCCGAGACCCGGGAAAUGUUCCCCUCGAACAGAUUGCGAAGGCUCAGGAAAUGGAGCAGACCUUUCUACAGCUGGAUCGUCUCCUAUGGUCCUUCAUGCACAAGCCCACAGUGAAGCUUACGGUCCGUGAGCAGCAUGGUCUAGGAAUGCUCCGCAGCCGCGUCAAGAUCAACCGCAUUCUUUCAGCAACCUGUCUCUACUGCGAAGCAACAAUGUUUGACAAUUACUUCGAGGACUUCGACGAAAUCCUCACAAUAUGCAUGUACAUCCUGGCCAGUGACAACGCCGAACGGCGACUCUUCUCCGUCAGCCUAGACGAAGGGCUCAUCCACCCCCUGUUCUUCAUCGCUACCCAUUGUCGCGACGGCCGCAUCCGACACCAAGCUCUCGAACAACUUCGAAAACUUCCAGUCCGCAACGGCGUCUGGCACGCAGAAACCACGACACGUACGGCCGAAAUCUGCGUUCGCUUCGAAGAAGCCCUCUGCGGUAAAGAAGUCGCCUUGCGCAGCGACAUUCCCGAGUGGCGACGUGUCCAUAGCGCAGGCUUCAACGGCUGGGAUAAUGAUUCCGAUCGACGACAGGUCAAGGUACAUCUCAAAACCAGGCCGAACGGGCCAGAUGGUGGUUGGCUGGAUUCUGAGGCGUACAUUGAGUGGCCAGUCGACAGUGUCCGUUUCAAGAUCCUUUUCGGCUUGUUGAUGAACACGCAGCUCCUCGGGGUAUGCCCUACCGCCAAGGGAAUUGCUCGCUAUUUGCGAGGCAGAUGA